AUGUCUCUGCUUCCCGGGCUUACGGAGUUCAAUAAUCACGGUAUCGAAGUGUUCAACAACGAUCUCUACCGCGUCCACCGCUGCUUUCAAGAUGCAGUAACGCGUCCUGUCAAGAACGAAGACGAGCGCAAGGCUCUUAUCAAGGCAGCCUUCCAGUUUGAAGAACGCGGCCUCAAUCGCAUUGCGGAUGAGUUCCGCGCAAAACAUACACAUCGACUAUUCCCUACCGCUGUCGGCAGUCUUUGCGCUGCGGUUUCCCGCCUUGCACCUCCGGAGAUCCAACCUGAUGCUUGGAUUCUAUCCGCAGAUGAGCUUGCUCUCUGGGAUAGUUACAAUUUGCCGGCCUGCAAUCUUCGUCUUUCUCCCAACCAAAACUACUUAAGUGAAGUAGCCCCUCUUGCGGUAUUCAGUCCUCCAGCUUGGACUCCCGAAUAUCGACGUUCCUUGGAUCUCGCCCAACGGCGUUCACUUUCCGCAAAGAAAGCUCGGCCUCCACCUUCUGAAAGUUCCGAAGUCGAAAUCGAAGCGGUUCCGCCAAUCAAGAAGCCUCGACUUUCUUCUUCCGCGAAGAGGACAUCGACAACUGAGCCAGAAACGGCUUCCGAAGACGGUGUUGACAAUGCCGCUGAAGAUGAUGAAGAAGAGGACGAUUCCGGCGAAUCCGAAGUGGAUGAGCUAAGGUCGUCUCCCCCUCCCAUGACUAGGCCAACGCGAGGACGGGCUCGAGGAUCCGGGCAGGGCAGAGGCAGAGGCAGGGUAGAGGUGAUCAUUCUGAACUGGCCUCACCCAAAACCUCUUCCAAAACCUGCUCCUUCUCGUCGAUCCACUACCAUCCGCGAAGACGAUGAAAGGCCAUCUCCUUCAGUUCCUCUGACCGUCGAAGGUCGUCCGACCACGCGCAGUACCACGGCUGGCUCGUCCAAGGCUCCUCCCGCUUCAUCCAAGAAUACUGUCAGCGAGAAGGGAAAAGGCCGGGCGGUUUCAAUAAGCCCUCCGCCUGCCAAAAAGAACAUCCAACGUCGGCGUAUGGACAUGGAGUCGCAUGAUGUCAAGCAUCUGUUAGCGCAGUCCUCCGUUGAAGUUCCUUAUCGCUUCGAUGUUCCUCGCGGGGAAGCCUUCUCCCUCCGUGAUAUUUUGGAGUCUGGGCGAUCUAUGAAAGCGGAGAUGUGGAUUUCAUGCUUGACUUGCAUUAUUGCCCGCGUGGAGUGCAAUUAUGUAGGCCGGUCCGACAAAUGUGCCCGAUGCAAAACUUAUCGGUACCUUUGCGACUGGAUCCUCCCUCAAGACGAGGCCUUUUCUCAGAUGGAUCAGGUUCGAGCUUGGGGUGCACCCACUCCUGGUCACUUCCACGAGCGCAUGGUCGAGUUGACCCGGCUUCUCAAGACUCAAGACCGACUCUCUGUGACUAUCUGUUCUCUUGCCGACACCCUUUCCCUUACUCGAAAGAGUAUUAUAACUUCGCCGAAGUCUCCAGGCGAGGUUACCAUGAUCAAAUCCUUUCUUUACACUAUCUUUCCUUCUAUCAUGAGGUUGGCUAUUGAACAAUUAUACGCCAUGCUAGCUCAUUACGCAUAUCCUGCCAAUUUUAUUCCUCCAAUUGGGGGUCCUUAUUUCCAGGAUGACAAUCGCAUUGUGCUACGGAUUCCUCUUUCUACUGAGCGAGAAGCUGAGUUGGCUAUACAACUUCAGUUCUUAGUAGCUAUCCGCCACAACGGACCAUACCUCCAAUUUAUCCUUUUAUUCGAUCCUGCUCAAGGCCGUAUCUAUCACGGUCCACUCAAUAAUCAUCGAUUCCAUCCGACUUCACGCAAGGUGUUUAAUCGACUUGGCAACGCGAUGGCUAGAGUUGGAUUCCUUAAGCUCAAAGUUGCUUCUAUCCCCGGAGCCAUUGAAGCUUGGGCGUAUGAAGUUAACUUCUUUCUUCCUUUAGUCCCCGAUUCCGCUCUCUAUUUACCUGAACAUGGGUACUAUGGGUUCUAUUCCUUCGAGCCUAACACUGCUAGGUACUCUUUUCCAGGAAGUAUAAAUUAUACUCCCGAAGAGGGGAUGAUAGACGGAUUUCAAUGUAAUAUUUCCAAUUACCAGCUCGCUCUAGAACUGUAG